AUGGCUACAAAGACCAUGAGAGCCAUCGUUACCACCGGGGAUGGAAAAUUCGAAUUGACAUCAAUUCCGACGCCUUUCCCGGGCCCAAACGAGAUUCUGGUCAAGGUCGAAGCCUGCGCACAAAAUCAUACCGACUGGAAGUCCAUCAUCCUCCACAAGCAACCUGGAAACAUUGUAGGCUCUGAUUUCGCUGGGACCGUCGUCGCGCUGGGUUCUGCGGUUCCGGAAAGUCUGAGAAGGCCCGGCGAGCGCGUCGCAGGUGCCGUGCGAGGCAACAUCAAUCCGAACGGCGCAUUCGCCGAGUACCUCGUCACCGACCCAGCGCUCGUCUUCACGCUCCCAGAGGAUGUGCCCCUUGAGGUCGGCGCGCAGCUAGGAGUUGCAUGCUACGCAGCAUGUCAAGCGCUCUACCAAACCCUCCAUCUUCCAACACCGCUCGCGCCCGCAUUGACACCAACGGACAUUCUCGUCUGGUCUGGGUCGUCCACAGCGGGCCAGUACGCCGUGCAGUUUGCGAAACUCUCGGGGCUGCGCGUCUUCUCGACCUCGUCUCCUGGCAAUUUUGAUCUCGUGCGCGCGCUCGGUGCCAUGGAGGUCUUCGACUACGCCGACUCUACGACUCCCAAGCGCAUCUUCACCGCGACGCGCGGCUCGCUACGUCACGCCGUUGACUGCAUCAGCGAUGGGAUGACACCCGUGCAGGUGAGUGCCUGCCUCAGCAAGGAAGGCGGGACCAUUGUCACCCUCCUGCCUUACGAGAGCCGCAAGAAGGGUGUCAAGACCGAACUCGUACUUGUCUAUUCGAUGUGGGGUCAGGAUAUCCAACUACCCAUGAAGAUUAAGGGCAACUCGGAGCACUACGAGAACGCAAUCAAGUACAAUGCCAUGAUCAGUGCGAUGCUUGCCAGGAAGAUGCUCAAGUUCAGCGCGGUCAAAGUCUUCCCGAAAGGUUUGGCAAGCGUCGAAGAAGGUUUUGCGUACAUGAUGGCGGGAAAGGUGCUCACACCCUUAUCGUUCUGA